UAGUCAAUUCCCCGAUGUCAGGCAUGUGGAAAAAAACAAUGUGAGUGAUAGUGAUAAGUGAAAAUAUGGAUAUGGAUAAGCCUAAAAGCUGACCCCUGAAGUAAUUUUAUAUUUAUUUUAUAAGUUAUUGAUGAAAACAACCACGUACCUAACGGCACUAGCAAAAUGACUCAUGUGGAAAAACAACAAUCGAGGCAAGGAAAAGAGGCAAUACAUUCUGGCCAUUUUAUGGUGUCGCAUUUUGAAGCUGAAGAGCAAGAUGAUUAUGACGAUCUUGCUGUUCCUGUUCCUGACGAGGAGCAGACUACACCUAAGGAAUCUGCUGUAGCUACCUACACAGUUCCUGUAACUACUGAAACAUUCCAUCUGACAGAUAAAGAAGAAAGUAUACAACAUCAACAACUUUCUAUAGAGAUAUCUCUUACUAAACUUUUUAAAUGUAUGACACUAGCCUACAGACAAAAGCUAACAUCACCCAAAUGGAAUCGUUUUAAAGGUAUAAAGCUUCGCUGGAAGGACAAAAUAAGGUUAAAUAACGUUAUAUGGAGGUGUUGGCAUAUGCAGUUUAUAAAAAAACAGAAUACUUUGGUCUGCCAGUUUGCGUCUCCUUUGGAUGUAGACACACACGUUAAGCCAGAAACUACAAUUUUAGAAGGAAAAUAUUGGAAACGAAGAGCUGAAGCCGUAAUUGCAGAAUAUAAAAAAUGGCGCAUGUUUCAUAUAAUGAGGCUCCUUGGAAAGGGGGACACCUCUGUCCAGGAUACAAUGUUUCAACUGUCCGGUUUUCAGAUGUCGGAUAUGGACACGGUGGAGUCCCAGUGCAGCGACCUCGCGGGAAAUAUGCUGACCGACGAGGAUUAUCUUAAUUUCAUGAGCGACACACUAUUUUCCACAAUUACCAGUCACCAACCAUUCGCUUUCCCCGAUUGCCGGGAAAUUGCUAGGGGUGCAAGCUUAGCUGACUUCAUACAACCAAGCUUAGGUCCUCUGCAGCCUAAUCUUGAUGAUUUUAUGGACACGUUGGAACCCCUUCAUGAUCUUCUAACGUCGUCAACUCGCCUACCUUCUGUUCCUGAAGAAACGACGAUACCCACUGAAGAUACCAUGUACAGGAGUGGCAUGUCGGUUGAUUCGUAUUCAACCCAAAAUUACCUUGGAAGUCACGCAACCCCAGCAACAAUGCCGACGAGUCAAAUGAGCAUUCAUGGUACCAGCAACAAUACUCAGAUAAUGCCCUUGGAACAGACUAAAAGUGAGCCGAUACAAAUGUAUAAUGGGCGAUUAUAUCCUGAAGCAGAAAUUCAGAAUAACAUUCUCAAUAACCAAAUUAUGCCAACGUUCACCGCAUACGACCAAACGGCAACUGAACAAAUUAAUAAUGUUUAUCCAAAAACACGGCUGCAGUAUGUUAAUGCACCGAACAAAGUUAUCCCUCAACAAGAAAGUUACCCUAAAUACAAUGCAGCGCUUCCACCAUCACAAACGGCUCCCGAAACCGUCUCCUUACUCCAGCAACCAGGGCCUAGUGUUAAAUACGCCUCGACCGUGGUCAUCCAAGGCCGGGGAUAUAGGGAGAAGCCAAGAAAUCGUAUGGGGCAUUACUCAGGUCCGAAUCCACAGUAUCAGAGUUAUUCGCAGUCGGUGCAGGCGCACGUGCCCCAGAAUUUUGAUACCCGACCGGUUCGUCAGAGUUCACCGCAAAUGCAAUACAUGCAGCUAAGCCCCACUGAAUAUAAGAAGAGUUCGCCGGUGAAUUCUCGGUCUUUUAAGCUUCCUUCGCCUCCACUAGCGCCUACGACUUCAGCACAGGUACAGGUGACACCUGGAGCCAGUGUUGUGAGUACGACGAAUAUUCGGAGCAAGGAGCAAUUCCGGUCUCAUAGCUUGCCCCUAGGGUCACAGCUGAGUCCAGAUUGGGUCGUAAGUGGACCCUCCACAGCUCACGAUGCGCCAGCUGCACAUAACGCGCGGGCUCGCGAGCCAAAUCAGAGCGCGAUUCGCUUUCGCUCCCGCUCGACGUCAAGCACCGCAGGAGCGGAAAGCGGAGCGGGUACCAGCGGGCCGCGUAGGCCUCCGCCGCUUACAAGCGUAGCCUCCGAACCCACGCUGCCUCAAGCCAGCGUCAUGUUGGCGCAGUUGCUCUCAGCACAGCACUCUCAAAGCCUCUACAAGCUGAAUACCAGCGCUGAGGAAGGCCUAAAUUCGGAUCCUAUGCAGUCCCCAGUUUUAAGAGGACAGCCGUCGCCUAUAGAGAGUGAUAUAAUGUCUCCACACCAUUCGAGAGCGCAGUCACGUGCGCAGUCCCUUUCUCCAGGCGGAUCGCCUGGUUCGCCACGCGCGGGUUCACCCCGCGAACCGCGACGUACGCAUUUGCACGCGGAACAAAAACGUCGGUAUAACAUCAAGAAUGGCUUCGAUACCCUCCAGGCGCUUAUACCUCAUCUCAACACGAACCCAGCUGCUAAGAUAAGUAAAGCGGCCAUGCUACAAAAAGGGGCCGAGUAUAUUAAACAAUUGAAAGCGGAGAGGAAUCAAAUUAAAGAAGAAAUGGAGAAUUUGAGGCAGCAAAUUGAUUGCUUAAAUAAUUCCAUAUCAAACUGCCAUUCGCUGCUACCAGCGACGGGGGCGCCGGUGUCGCGGGGCCGCGCUAGUCGUCUACGGGAGAUGUUCGCCGCUCAUGUCGCAGCCAGAACCAUGCACAAUUGGAAGUAUUGGCUGUUUAGCGUGGUAAGCGCAGCCCUAGUGGAGUCCUUCAGCGCGUGCGUUUCGUGCAGUAGUCGGGCAGACCUCGUACGGACAACCCUACUUUGGGCAGAGCAGCAUUGCUCACUUGUUGAGAUGAGACCAGCGGUAUUGAACUCGCUGCGUGUUUUGUGUACGACUACGGAUAUCCUUUCGAGUCCUGAAAGAUUGGCAGAAGAGGCGCGGGCGGCCGCCGCCGCCGUCAAGAAAGAACCGACCUAAAUCUGACGUCACCAGACACGCCCAUUUAUAACCCUUGUACGUUAUUCGUGUACAUGUGAAUAUUAUAGAUUUCAACUGCAAAACAAUUGUUCCCGUGAAAUUAAGAAAACACUUUUUUAAAGGAAAAUUGGAUAACUGUUCGGGAAAAAUUAUGUGCGGCUUAAUUUUUAAUAACAUCGCAGUAACCUUUUUUAAGAUUUUCUUAACUGGUCUCAGAUUGCGUGUGUUGUAUAUGUCUCGAAGUUGACCCUUUAUGAAGCCAUGACGUAAAAGGGCCCUUAGAUCUAUACAUUAUGGUAAUUUUACUUUUCGAUAUAUAGCCUAUGGGAAAAAUAUUUGCGUAUAAAAAACGAAAUCUGUCAUCUGUAAUUUUAUCACAGAACAAACAUAAUUUGACAAGUAUUCAAUACUUGUCACAUUGACAGAUUUAUUAACUUAAAUAUUUCUGUUUGACAGAUUUUGUUUUCAGAAAUGGUCGGAGUUAGACGCAGAAGUAAAACGUAAUAAAUAAAAUGACGUAUGUAGCUUUUACAUUAAAAUAAAAAAUAAUAAUUUGGCAGCAUCGCUCAUGAUGUAUACAACAAAAUAAUAAUUAAAUCAUGCCUUUAACACGUUAAAUGUAUGUUUAUUUGUUUAAUUUAUGUUAAAUGCUCUAUGAGCCUGAAAAUAUUUGUCCAAUUGGCUAGACAUUGUCUUUGAAGUGCCCAUGCGCAUAUAACCAAGUUACGUGCGGUGAUUGUCUAUGGCUCGUUUUGUUAACUUCUUGUUAUAAAAUACUCAAAGGGUCUAAAUUAUGGCAUCUAUAAAGUUAAAAGGGUGUUCGGAUACUAAUCUUGAGUUAAUGUGCAAUUAUUGGUGUUCACAUGGUUUUUUUGAUUAAUUCGAUGCACAAAAUUAUGGGAAUUUUAUUAAUAUUGACAUGGAAUAAAUCUAGGUUACGUAACAGAAACAUGCAAAAUUCAAUCCAAGUGACUUAAAGUUCAAUUUAGAUUGUCACGGUAUUGAUUGAAAACGAAUUCGCAACAAAAUUGCACAUACCAUACGUAGUUAACGAGAAAAAUGGUUCCUUUUCCACGGAAUUUAAAUAUUCAGAAUUGUUGUAGCUUAUAUAUGUCGCAGCCUAACUAUCUUAAUAAUCUGUUCAAUUAAUAGUCUAGCCUUUUAACUAAGCAGCCCUGUUUAACUAGCGGCCUGAAAGGAAAAGUAACGUUUGUAACAUUUAAUAAACUAGACGAAACAUCUGACAGGAAAAAUAUUUAUUUAAAAAUUACAUUGCUUGAUUCAGUCACAGCUAAAUUCACAUUAUUGUCACUACACUCUUCCAUUGUCCUUGUUGUUUGUCAUUAAACUUUGAAAACACCAGCAAGGUUGUGGUUUAACGAUGCCAUAUUGACAGUUUGAAGAGUUUCGUUUCGAGUUUGAGAGUGGCAGAAAGUGAAUUUAAAUUCACAGUCAAUAUGCUAGGCAAGUAAUGAAACGUCAUGGAUCCAUGCCAUUGGCUUAGCUGUUUGAUCAACUGGCUGCAUAUCUUUAAGGCCGGUAGUUAAACGGCGCUGUUUAGUUGAGGCCAGGCUGUUAAUUGAACGUCUUAAUAAGUUAGUUGGCUGCGACAUAUACACAAUAAAUUUGUACGAAUGCCAUUAACGUCAUUAUGGCAUGAAUAAUUUGUUAUAACAUCACGUAUAGGUCGCGACAAUGUAAAUUGAACUUAAUUGCCAAGUAAGUGCCUUACCUGUCGUCAAAACCAAAGAUUAAACGUAACCAUCCCCGUCCCGUGAAUACCAAUCUAGCGUUAAGUGAAACAGAGAAUUUAUUACAUGUCGAGAUUUAUCUAGAAUAUUUAAUAUUACGGCGUAGGUAAGCGAAUAUUUUUAUAUGACUACACAAAUAUUUUUUUAAUGUAAAUCGGUGCCAACGUACGUUUGUAAGUUGUUAUGUAGUGAUAAAUGUUGUGUGUUGACUGGUACGCGCGGAGUGCGCUCAUGUCAGCUAAUUGAGUUUAUAUUGUUGUCUAAAAUACAAUGGAAUGAAACCUU